CUGACCAUGGAUGCUGGGAAAACCUCUUCAGUCUUGCAGUAUUUUGUGGUCGUGAGAGAUAAUGAGAGUGAGUAGCAACGCAUAAAGGAAACGGCAAGAACUCUCCUGACUCACACACAAGAUAUAGCUCGCCAUUCUUCUGCAAGACAACCUUUGUGAUGGAGAAAGCUGCAUUGUUGCUCUUUUAUUGCCUUUUCCUUUCUGCAUCAGGAUCCGCACUCUACCCCUCCAUCAGGUUUGGCCAGAGGGACACAUCCAUCCUGAUGACAUCUUCGCUAAAGAAUCCAGAGCAGCUGGAAGACACAAGUUCUGCCCAAGAGAGAACAGACUUACGCUUGGGUCGCCAUGCUGACGCCAUCUUUACAAACAGUUACAGGAAAGUCUUGGGCCAAAUAUCUGCCAGGAAGUUUCUUCAGACCAUCAUGGGAAAACGUCUCGGAGACGAAAGUGAGAGCUAUAUGAAACGCCAGGCCGAUGUCUACGAAGGAACCUACAAAGAAGAUCUGACUUCCAUCCGGAGCAAUCAGCGAUACAGAGGACUUCAUGAAAUGCCAUGAGGCUCAGACUGCGGAGAAGAGAGGACAAACAAAUAAGGAUGAAAGAAGCAUGUGCUCAUUCACAAAACCAUCGCUGCUUGUUUACUCGUACCUCCAUUUCUACACAAAAAAUACGAAAUGCUAUUUUUAAUUCUCAUUGAAGCUACGAGGAAACUCCAGUAGCACUCACAAUAUGGUUCCGGGAACAUGCUUGCGACUGAUAUGAUCCACCCAUUCACGGCAAGGAAAGUAACAUCUAGAACGGUGAUUCCCAAACAAUGCGCUGUGGCACAUUUGCAUGCCCUGAUUGAUUAGUUUGCUGGAUGUGGGAAAUGAUCCAAUUGCAUUAAAGUGGUCUAAAAAUGAGGACUUUCUACAAAUAAUCCCUCAACAAUUUCAUGCUCAGGCGGCCCGGUAGACAAGUGGUUAGCACGUCGGCUUCACAGUGCAGAGGUACCGGGUUCGAUUCCAGCUCCGGCCUCCCUGUGUGGAGUUUGCAUGUUCUCCCCGGGCCUGCGUUGGUUUUCUCCGGGUGCUCCGGUUUCCUCCCACAUUCCAAAAACAUGCAUGGCAGGCUGAUUGAACACUCUAAAUUGUCCCUAGGUGUGAGUGUGAGCGUGGAUGGUUGUUCGGCUCCAGCACC